AGUCAGACACGGGUGCUUACGAGGAGAGUCCACCAAAAGAGAGCGUGCGGAGAGAGAAAUGUAGGCCAAUGUGAGAGUCGGCAACGGAUCAAUAUUCGCCUUUUUGGUUGAGAACCGUCCAAAGAACCACUGCGAGGAACAGACAACACACAGAUCCUCUGCGUCACACUGCUGGGAAAUGCAAUCGGAAUUUUCACCAAUUUAACAUCAUCAACAACACCUGCCAAGGAAGGAUUUCCAUCCACAACCAGAAUAGUGGAGUUCACAAUGGAAAAAGUGCAGUGAAUUAGUGCUAAACUGUGUGUGUGAGAACUUUUCCUUCCUCUGGUGGAAGGAAAACGUGAAAAACGUAAAAAGGUCCCUUUUUGGGGGGGCGAGACUUGGUUGUGUGUUGAGAAAAAAAAGAAGAAAAAUUUACCUCUGCAGGUGAAUUUUGUAAAAGAUUUUCCACAACUGCACAAUUUGGGUGUGGAAAGUGAAGAAAAUUUUGUGAGAUAGAAUUUAGCUGCUGCACUUUUCUUUGCGAGAGGAAAUAUCCGAUUUUCUUUCUGCCAAGUUGGUCUUACACUGGAGAUGGGACUACGGCUUGUGAUAUGGACAGCAUUACUUUUAGCUUUCUUUGGACCAUUUUGGUUUUGGAUUCCUCACGUGAAUGCUGAAUGCCAAACACGCUCAAUCUACUGCUACGAGUGCGACUCAUGGACUGACCCACGGUGCAAAGAUCCUUUCAAUUAUACCGCCCUACCACGCGACCAACCGCCCUUGAUGACAUGCAAUGGGUGCUGCGUGAAAAUGGUUAGACACUCCAAGACUCCUUACGAGGUAGUUCGACGAAUGUGUACAUCACAACUGCAGAUAAAUCUCUUUAUGGUGGAUCAUGUGUGUAUGAUGGAAAAAUCAGGCAAUGGACAUAUGUGUUUUUGCGAGGAAGAUAUGUGUAACACAUCCACUUCACUUUUCUACCCGUCUAACAAUUUACUCACAUCUCUACUAUUGAGUUUCUUACUCAUAAAACUUUUUAGUUGGUAAACCAGCAGCCAAAAAAAUACAAAUCAACAGUUUUUUUCAAUUUUUACACACUCCAAAAAGAAACAUUAAAAACAACAAAUCAAGGAAAAAAA